AAUUAAAUAAAUUAAAUGGUAGAUGAGUGUUUGGUAAUUUGUAUUAGGUUUAAGUAGGAGAAAUAGAUUAGAAUACCUUUUUGCUGGAAAGUGAAUGCGCGAGGUUGUUAAUAAGCUUCAGUGUCCGGAGUUAUUCCCACUCGGACAUUCUCAGAGUUGAGAUCCGUUCCGUUCCGCAAUUAUAGUUUAGUCCUUCAUUAUGACAGCACUUGGAGAAGGAGAUUUUGAUUGUAAAAAUGAAAAAAGCGUUGAAAAUUCCCCAAAAUGGAUGUUUUGGAAACGAAGACGUUACAUAGUAGCAAUAAUGGCAUUUUUUGGAUUUUUCAAUGUCUACUCUCUCCGCGUGAAUCUCAGUAUUAGCAUCGUAUCUAUGACCGAAAUCCGUAACGUAACACUAGAAAAUGGCACGAUUAUUCAAGAACAAGAAUUCGAUUGGGAUUCCUCAGUUCGGGGUUACAUUUUAUCCUCGUUCUUUUACGGCUACAUAACGACGCAAAUUUUUGGCGGAUGGUUGGCAAAUAAAAUCGGAGGGGCUAAAGUUUUUGGGGCAGGAAUCGCAGUAACCUCAGUUUGCACAAUUAUCACACCAUUCUUAGCUAAAUCAAGCGUAGCUUUAUUAAUCACGAUUCGUGUUAUUGAAGGAGUUUUUGAAGGAGUUACUUAUCCGUGUAUUCAAGCUGUUUAUUCGAGAUGGGCUCCACCAUUAGAGAGAGGUCGGAUUGCAACGAUUGCGUAUUCCGGAAGUUACGUUGGGACGGUUAUAUCGAUGAUUUGUUCGGCUUAUUUAGCAGAAUGGUUGGGUUGGGAAAGCAUUUUUUAUGUUUUUGGUACGCUUGGUGUCAUUUGGUUCAUUUUGUGGUUAUGGAUCGUGCGUGAAGGCCCUGAACUUGAUUCAAACAUCACUCGGGAUGAAUUAGAAUUGAUUAGAAAUUCUUUGGGUGAUGUUGCGGUUAAUAAAAAUAUUAAACAUCCUUGGUUAAGUAUGGCCACUUCUGUUCCGGUUUGGGCUAUUAUCGUUUCACAUUUUAGUGAAAAUUGGGGGUGGUAUACUUUAAUAACACAAUUACCGUCGUUUAUGAAAGAUGUUUUGGAAUUCGAUCUUGGUAAAACUGGAAUAAUGUCCGCUUUACCAUACCUAGCAAUGGCGAUAAUGAUACAAUUUUCUGGUCAAUGUUCCGAUUGGGUCCUCACUAAAGGUUAUUUAACAACGACUCAAGUGCGACGAGUUUUUAAUUGUUCAGCGUUUUUGGCACAAACCGUUUUUAUGUUGGGUGCGGCAUUUUGGCUUUCACCUGGGGGAUCAACAGCUUGUUUAACUUUAGCCGUUGGGUUUGGAGCUUUCGCAUGGUCCGGAUUCAGCGUUAAUCAUUUGGAUAUCGCCCCCCAACAUGCCAGCGUUCUUAUGGGGAUUUCAAAUACUUUUGCUACAAUUCCCGGUAUUGUUAGUCCAAUCAUUACUGGAGCGAUUGUAACUACGCCUACCAAAGAAGAAUGGCAAAUAGUUUUUUAUAUAACAAGUGGAAUAUAUUUAUUUGGUUGUAUUAUUUAUGGAUUAUGUGCCUCCGGCGAAAGACAACAUUGGGCAAUGGGGAAUGUUCAAGAAAAGCAGAACGAAAAUGGUGUUGAAAAUAAAGGAUAUGAAAAAGAAAAGAUAUAAAAAAAAUUAUAAAUUAUAAAUAACUUAUAAAAAUUUUUGCAGUAUAUGAUCUGUGAUAGGAUUUAGAUUUUAUUUUUAAUAAAACCAAAAAUUUUAAUUAAA